CGGAAGACCGUUAAUUUCCCCGGUGUUGCCGUUCCAUCCCGGGCGUUGGAGUCGGGGCGUAGUUGGCCGGCUGCCUCGUGGCUCGUGGGUCGGCCGAGCGUCCCGCGCAGGUCCAAGUCCUCGACGAGCACAGCGGGGCCUGGGCCACGAUGGACUUCCCCAGCUCCCUCCGACCCACGCUGUUCGUGACUGGCCCCCUUGGUCUGAGUAAUGUCCCUGACAUGUCCUUCAUGUGUAGCUGGAGAGACGCCCUGACCCUGCCAGAGUCACUGCCCGAGAACUCUAAGAAUGAGGCGCCACCCUUGGCCACAGGCCUACUCUGGGAGCCAGAGACCCCCGGACCCCUUCCUUUGCUGCCUCCUGGUCCCGAUCCCUGGGACCCUGGGGUGACUGCCCAGGACCUGCUUUUCCGGGGAGCUUUCCCGUUCCGAAGGAAGCCCCAAGCUGUGCUGGACGUUACCGAGCAGCUCAGCCGCUUCCUGUGGGACCAUGGGGACAUAGCCUUUGCACCCCUGGGGAAGCUGAUGCUGGAGAAUUUCAAACUGGAGGGAGCACGGAGCCGUUCUAAGAAGAAGACAGUGGUCAGUGUGAAGAGUCUACUCCAGGACCUCGGUGGACACCAGCCCUGGGGGCAAGUGGCUAGUGAGAAAGGACGGGCUGGGAAGGCCUAGCUGAGGUGAUGUGGAAGCAGCCAGGGCACUGAUCCAGGGUCCCCUCAGAGUUGUUUCCUCUGCCCCAUGUGGUCAGGGGCCACAGUUCCUCACACCAAACUCCAGCUCUAAGUGGAAGGGGGAAUUAGAUUUAUGGGCUGCAGGCAUGGUUGCAUCUAGGUGUUCACAUAAUGUUACUAGGGCUCUAUCUCUUUAUAUUCUCCUUCACUUGGCUUUGUUUGGCUUAAUUCCUGGACAUACUGUUCCUAAGUGGCAGUGAGAUGGCUUAUGAUCUCAAGGAAGAAGCUAGUGUUUUUCCUGAGGCACCAGCAAAAGCCCUGGGAAGGGUGUGGUUGGUGUGGCCUUUGUGUCUGGCUCCUCCAUGAGCCAAUCACUGUGGCCAGAGGCAACCUAUGACCACCCUAGCAGCAGGGAUUAGGGUGGAAUCAUUUCCCAAAGGAAGAAAUUCUAGGUUGAUAAAAAUAUGCAUCUACUGGCCUGGCCUCUCUUGGGAUGGGACCUAGUCCUCCUCUCGGUCACCGUCACUGCCUGAUCCUCCUGCCGUUCCCUCGUCCCCAGCUGCCCCUGGGCUUUCCUCAGCUACCGACAGCGCCGGUUCUCCAUUGUCGGGGGCCCCGUCCUGGGCAAGUCAGUGGCCAGCCUCCUGGGGGAGCUGCUGCACGAGGAGCUGGCUAUGCGGUGGGAGCAACUGCUCCUGGACGACGCAUUCACCGGGGGCGCUUUGGCCUGGGUGCCCGGGGGGACGCCGCAGCCAGAGGCCCAGGUUUCCAAGAGGUCAGUCUGCCCCCAGGCGGUGACCCUCAGGCUCUCGGGGACCCUGGCCACAUCCAGCUCCGAGGACCUGUCCGGCAGGUGGUGACCCGCACUGUGCAAGGGGAAUCCCUGCUGGCUGUCCGCUCUGACUACCACUGUGCCCUGUGGAAGGUCAGCAAGCAGGGGCGGGCCGCCCCUCUCCAGGUGCUGCAGGUCGGGAAGGGGGCCACAGGGAUCAGCCUCAGCCCUCACCUGCCUGGGGAGCUGGCUGUCUGCAGCCGUUCCGGAGCCGUCUGUCUGUGGACCCCCCAGGAUGGGCUGCAGCAAGUCUACAAGGACCCUGAGACCCUUGUGUUCUGUGACCCCUCUCCUUGGCGUUGGGCAGACUUCACCGCUCAUCCCCGGGUGCUGACUGUGGGGGACCGCACUGGAGUGAAAAUUAUUGACACUCAGGGCCCACCCGGCUGUGGUCUGCUGCUUUUCCGUGGCGGGGCAGAAGCAGCAUGCCGGCAAGGGGAGCGGGUCCUGCUGAGCCAGUACCUGGGGGAGUGCGGCGCCGAGCCUCGACUGCCCACACUCCAGCUCAUCUGUACCCAGUUCUCGCUCUACCUGGUGGACGAGCGCCUCCCCUUGGUGCCCAUGCUGAAGUGGGACCACGACCUCCCCUCGGCUCCCCUGUGGGCCCAGCUGCUGCCCCCGCCCUGCCCUGGCUACCCCCAGCCGCUGCUCCUGGGGGGCCAGGGCGGGCACCUGCAGCUGCUGCACCUCGCAGGAGAGGGGGCCUCCGCACCCCGGCUGGCGGGGCCCCCCCAGUCUCUCCCUUCCAGCAGCGACUCCCUCUCCGCGUUCCCCCUGCUGGAGCCCAAGAGUCAGUGGCGCCUGCAGGAGCGCCUGAAAGCGCCAACUAUAGGGCUGGCUGCUACCAUCCCAUCGUCGGCUUCCAAGCCAGUCCUAUCGCUCUUCCAGCUCUCGGCGGCUGGGGAUGUCUUCCACCAGCACCUCCACCUCCAGGCAGACCCUGGGCCUCACUCCCGUGCCCCCGCAGCUUCCUGGACUCCCCAGGCCACUGCCUGCUGCAGCCGGUGGCUGAAGGCCCUGCUGGACGUGCCCCCGACCCCGCCUGUGUGGGCAGCACCCACCUUCUCCCACCGCCGUCUGCUAGGCUGCAUGGAACAGAGGAAGGUGGAGCAAAAGGGGCCGGAGGGUCUCCGAGCGGCCAUGGCUGCAGGGCGGCUGCUGCGGCAGAAGGACCUGGGCUCGCUCCCCUCCGCGGGGCCGCCCCCCGCCCCCGAGCCAGGCCCUGAGGAUGAGCUCAGUGCACGUUUGGAGGCAGCCUGGGAAGGCCGGAUGGCUGCCUGGUGGGAGAGGCAGCAGGGCAGGAGCUCGGGGCCCGGCAGACAGCCCAAGCGGCGCAAGCGCCGGACUCAGCUGUCCAGUACUUUCUCCUCGCUCAGCGGCCGCCUGGACCUCUCAGACGCCACCAGCCCCCCUCACAGCCCAGACCGGGCGUCCCCUGAGGCCAGGCCUCGGCCACCAGUGACCCCGCCCUCCCAGGAGUUGACUCAGGAGCUGUGGGCUCGGGGGGUCCCCUCGGAGCGGCAGCAGACUCUCCGCGACUACAUGGCCAGGCUGCCGCUCCAAGAGGACACCCCACGAGGUGUCUGCUCCCCCCUCUCCGGGACCUCCAGCAGCCGGGCCACGCCCUCCAGGCCCCAGACCCUGCAGGAUGGCACGGCCGAGCUGCCGCCAGGAAGGAACACCCGGAGAGGUGCCGCUGUGUCCUCCUCCCAGACCUCCAGGCAGCAGGUGCUGCGGAAGAAGCCCCGCAUGGGCUUCUGAGGGUCCGGGGAAGCUGCUCCCCCAGCUCCGGGGAGCCCUUCAUCCUGGGCCUGCUGCGCCUUCCGUGGUUGGAAGCUGGGGAGUGAAAAGAGCACAGGAUCCAGGGCGCAGGCCUUUCUGCUUCCGGAGCGGCGGGGACAGCAACACUUGUUUCUCCUACUUGCGCUUUUGCUAGAAGAUCAUUCCAGAGGGCACGUUGAGAAGGCCCCAGUGGGCCUGUCCUGAAGGUUCGUGUCCUUGGGAUUCCCUCCAGGGGGUGGGGGGCUGCACCGCACAGGAGCCGGGCCUGCCGCGUCCCCCACCCGCCCUCCGGACGCCGGGGUGACGUAAGGGCGUUAGCCCCUCGCGCCCGCGGGCAGUCCACAGCUGCUGGUGCUGCUGUUUGUGUUUGUUAAGCAGUUUCUGCCGUGAUCCGGUGUUUUGUAGAGGGAGACGCUUUGGCCCCAUGUUUCGGGAGUGAAUAAACUUGGCAGCUGAACGGG